CAGUGUAUAGUUGUAUCACUGAUAUAUGGAUCUUAGAUGGGGCCUACAUGUCAGUGGCACGACUGCACACUGCACAGACACAGAGUCAGGGAUCUGUUUUCCUACUCACGUGUAUUAACUAAACACUCCACACUCCGAAUCAUCCAUGGCUCCUGUCUCCCUCCACCUGCUCUCGCUCACCCGCCUUUCGCUUCCCUUCCGCGACACUGUAACCAACCCGAGCACACCAAGAAUACCACCAUGGCGCCGGCAGUGGAUCAGCCCCACCGACGCGCGGCGGCGGCGGCUGUCAAUGCCGGUGUCGGCAGUGGCGGCCGAGGCGCCGCUCCCACGAGCCGUGGAUGAGAAGGAGACGCCGGCGGCAGGGGAGGAGCGGUUCGACUGGCUGGACCAGUGGUACCCGGUGGCUCCGGUGCGCGACCUCGACAAGCGCAAGCCGCACGGGAAGAUGGUGAUGGGCAUCAGCGUCGUCGUGUGGUUCGACGGCGGCGGCGGCGAGUGGCGCGUGGUGGACGACGCGUGCCCGCACCGCCUCGCGCCGCUCUCCGAGGGACGCGUCGACGGCAAGGGCUGCCUCCAGUGCGCCUACCAUGGCUGGUGCUUCGAUGGCCACGGCUCCUGCCAGUUCAUCCCCCAGGCCCCCGCCCUAGGCCCUCCUGUGCACAAGAAUAGCAAGGCGUGCGUGGCGUCGUACCCGAGCGUGGUGCAGAACAACAUCCUGUGGUUCUACCCGAGAUCGGAGCCGGAGUACAAGGAGAUCCUGCAGAGGAAGCGGCCGCCGUACAUCCGGGAGCUCGACGACCCGUCGUCCGUCAUCAACUCCGGCGUCAGAGACCUCUUAUACGGAUACGAGUUGUUGGUGGAGAAUUUCAUGGACCCUGCUCACGUUCCCUACGCGCACAGGGGCCAAUUCCCUCAUGUCCCCAGGGAGGAAGAUAUAGGCAGAGUUGAAUUUGACCAGGAAGGUGGCCUCCCGAUCAAGAUGAAUAUAGAGGAGCUCAACAUCGCAGGGUUCCAUUCCAACCCAGAGGAGAACUGGGGCUACUUCAAGUUCAUCGCGCCGGUUACUCUCAUAGGCUCGCCAUUUCGUGCUAAGCCAGUGCUGCAGGUUGAUCAGGACAACAACAACACCAACAACAAGAAGCAGCCUGAGGUCACGACAGUGUUCUUCUGCAUCCCGGUGUCUCCGGGAAGAUGCAGGGUCAUCUGGGCGAACGGGUAUAAUCUUGAUGGCUGGUUCGACAAGAUGAUACCACGUUGGUGGUUGCAUAUUAAGACGAACCAAGUCCUGGAUUCAGACUCGUCUGUCCUUCAUAUUGAGGAGCGUAAUUACGCCGCGUUUGGCCUUGAUAACUGGCAUAAAGCAUGCUACGUGCCCACAUCAUCUGACAACUUGAUCAUCGCCUUCAGAAACUGGUUCAAGAAGUACUGUAACAAUCAGGUUGGCUGGUUAACCCCAAUGGUUAAUCAGCUGCCACCAGCUUCUACCAGAGUUGAGGUCUACGAGAGGUACUGGUCGCAUGUCAUGCAGUGCACGAGCUGCAGCGCUGCACUGAAGUGGAUGAGAGCUCUGGAGGUCGCCCUGCAGGUGGCUUCGGUCGCCGUCGUCGGGUUCCUCGCCGCCGGCAAGGGGACGGUGGUCACGUCGGGUGUUCAGAGAGCCGCCGUCGUGGCUGCGGCGGUGCUGUGCUUCGCCGCCUCCCGCUGGCUCGCCGGCUUCAUCGAGAAGACCUUCUAUUUCGAGGACUAUGUCCUCGCUGACAAGUGAUAUAUAUUGGUGUGUGUCUCUUCUCGUAGUUGCUAAUUUUUUUUUAAGAUAAUGGAAUAUAAUAUCUCGGUCUUUACUCAAAAGAGUUACAGCCAAUUAUUAUAUAGUAGUUUUCAUGAACGUAGUGUAAAUCUAAAAGAAUAGAACACUAGAAAAACAAAAAAAGCAGCCUAACGUAAGGAGAUCACAAUUAUUGAAGUCUAUUUGUAAAUUUCCAACCAUAGUUGCUA